UCAAAAACAAAAAAUCUGUUUUGUCAUGAUAAAGUCCAUGACGAUAAUUUGUAAACACGUUCAUUAUCACUCGACUAUGUCCCGACUUUCAGUGGUGACCAAACACCGAUUUGAAGAGCUUACAUUUUUUUGUAUUCGUCAACACAUUUUAACACAACAUUCAUAGUUUAUCGUAUCAUUCAAAUCUGAUAUGGUUUUACCUUAGUAGAGCCACCGAAUCGUGCGUGUCUUCUUAAUUAUUUUAUUAUUUUUUUAACACCUCUCGAUCGUCAAUUACGUACGAAUUGGAAUCGUGUCUGUUCGUUGUACAAUUGUAUGUGUGUGUAUGUGUUUUAUGCGAUUAUAAAAAAUGUAUAAUUGUUAAUGUGUUAUGUUUUGCGGUUGUAGUGGGGGAAAUUGUCAGUGAUUGAGUAGAGUAAUUUAAUAUUAAUAUAGUAAUUUACACGAUACACAAAACGAGUGCUUACUAUCUACCUACUUUGCAAAAUAUUUCAACUACAAUUCGGUUUAUUUAGGCAAACGGUUUGGUGUACAGAGGGGGAAAUACGCGUUGUCGAUGGUUUAGUUAUAAAAAUAUUGUUUUAUUAUCGUGUUGCCUCGUAUAGUCGAAGGAAAACAAAAAAAUCUUAACAAUAGAGCAAUUAUUAUCUUCCGCCCGAUCAAUUAGCACAAUACAUAAAUUUAAAUAAUUAUUUGUCAAUUUUCUACGCUCUGUCAAGGUUUUUUUACCCUAUUAUUCUAAUUAGGUUUUUUAAAUGUUUUGUAAGAAAAUAAUAUCCUAUUUUCACCAAUAUUAAUGACAGCAGUUUACUGGUGAUUAGGAUUUUAAUAUUAAAAUUUUCCUUAAACAACUUAGUCAAAUUCAUGGAUAUGUCUAUAAACGGCAAAGAAGUUUCAUUCACAUCAUCGGAUGCUAGUAAUGAGAAAAUCACUGCUGCAAAAAUGCCCUAUAAGAGUUACAGACCUAGGUCUGUGUCUACAUGUUCAACAGAUUCAUGUAGUUCUGCAAGCUUAUCCGAAGAUGAUACUCCAGUUAGGUCUAAAAAGCAAGAAAAUAGUUCUGGAUUUAGUGAUUUUUGCAUUAAAGAUAUUAGACUCAAAGACUUUGGAAGGCGUGAAAUUGAAUUUGCUGAACAAGAAAUGCCUGGUUUAAUGUCUCUAAGGAAACAGGUGAUGGAAAAUAAGCCAUUACGAGGAGCCAAAAUUAUUGGAUGUACACCUAUCACUGCACCAACUGCUGUAUUAAUAGAAACGUUAAGUGCUCUAGGCGCUGAAUUAAGAUGGUGUGCUUGCAAUAUUUAUUCAACCCAGAAUGAAGUUGGUGCUGCUUUAGCAGAAGCAGGAUUUCCAAUAUUUGCAUGGCGAGGUGAAUCUGUUGAUGAUUUUUGGUGGUGUAUUGAAAAAUGUUUUGAAGGCAAGAAUUGGAAACCUAACAUGAUUUUAGAUGAUGGUGGAGAUGCAACUAAUUUUUGUCAAGCAAAAUAUCCUAGUGUUUUUAAAAAUUUAAUUGGGAUAGUUGAAGAGAGUACAACCGGUAUUCAUCGCUUAUACAAAUUGCUGAAAGCGGAAAAACUUUUAAUGCCAGCUAUUAAUAUCAAUAAUUGUGUAACAAAAACUAAAUUUGAUAAUCGUUAUAGUUGUAGGGAAUCUGUAAUUGUAAGCUUAAAAAAAUGUACCGAUUUGAUGUUUGGUGCAAAACAAAUUGUAUUAUGUGGUUAUGGAGAAGUGGGUAAAGGAUGCUGUCAAUCUUUAAAGGGACUUGGUUGUAUAGUUUAUGUCACAGAAAUUGAUCCAAUAUGUGCUUUGCAAGCAUGUAUGGAUGGAUUUAAAGUUGUAAAACUUAAUGAAGUUAUUCGACAAGUGGAUAUUGUAAUUACAGCUACUGGUAAUAAAAAUGUAGUUAUUCGAGAACACAUGGAUAAAAUGAAGUCUGGUUGUAUUGUAUGUUGCAUGAGUUAUUGUCAUAAUGAAAUUGAUGUGGCCGCAUUACGUACACCAGAGCUUAAAUGGGAAAAAGUUCGUUCACAAGUAGAUCACAUUCGCUGGCCUGAUGGUAAAACCAUGAUCUUACUUGCUGGUGGUCAUCAUGUAAAUUAUACAUGUUCAAGCAUUCCAUCAUUUGUCACUUCCAUUACUGGUACAACCCAGAUACUAGCCUUAAUGGAAUUAUUUAAUGCUCCAAUUGGUCGUUACAAGAGUGAUGUUUAUUUAUUGCCAAAAAAAAUGGAUGAGUAUGUAGCAAGUCUUCAUCUGGCUACAUUUGAUGCUCAUCUUACAGAACUUAGUGAUGAACAAGCAAAAUACAUGGGAUUACCAAAAAAUGGUCCGUUUAAACCAAAUCACUAUCGAUAUUGAUCUAUACUUCAACAACGCUGGUUUAGAACAAAUAUAAUUUCUCAUUCUCCUUUAUGGAUAAUAUAUUAUUAAUAGUUUUAUUCACUUGCAUUUUAACAAGGUAUCCUGAGAUUAGUUUGGAAGUAAUAAAAACUUUAAAAUUUCAUUAUCCUAUUAGUCAGAAAAAUAUUUAAUUUUACUCAAAUGAUAUAUAUAUAUAUUUUAUACAUUUAGUAUAAAUAAAUCAAUAAUAUUAUCUAUAUUUUUUAUUUCACUAUAAAACAAUAAUAGAGAAUAAUUAAUAAUAUAAAAUAUUAGACCAAAUUUUUCAUUACACUCAUAAAUAUAGUUGUUUUGUAUGUGUGAAUUUGUUUCAAAGUAUCAAUAGAAAAAAUUGCUCUCAUUGAUCUAAUUUAUAGAAAAAUAUCAUUUAUGUGUUUAUUAGAAAUAUACUUUGUUUAACUAAUCGAGUAUGCAACUUCUAAUGAUUUUGGUAUCCAUAUAAGUACAUGUUCAAUUUGUUGUACCAUUUGAUCCUUGUGAGGUAUAGGAACCAUUUUUUUUUUUUUAUUAUUAUUUCCUUUCCAAUUAUUUAUGAUAGAUACAGACUUAUGAUUUUAAUAAGCAAUUGUACCGAAUAUUUUUAUAAUUAUUGAAAUAUUAGAUAUCUUGUUAUCUUAAAUUGAAGUCUGGCUUUAUUAAGAAUAACAAAUAUUAGAAUAUUUUAAUGGUAGUGUUAUAAUGUCACUUAAAUUAAUAUAGAUAUUAAAUGUUAAUAAUUUUUGUAUCAAAUAUAACGCAAGAUUAAUACAUUUAUUUUAUUUGAGAUGAACUAAAUUUUUCUUAUUGGUGUAUUUAACUUAAGAAAUCUUCACGAAAAAAUUAAUAUUAUUAUAUUAUAGUAGUAAACGCAUAGUAAAGGAAUAAUUAAUUGAAACGAAAAAGUCUGAAGAAAUAAGUUCAAAAAAAUUAAUUGAUAAAAAAACCAUUCAUAAUAUCAAUUUUCUUAAAAAAAAGCUAAAUUAUAUGUAUUAAUAGUAUUAUUUUAAAGUGUGUUGGUAUCUAUAAUAAUAUAAUAUACUUAUAUUAUUGAAAAGUAAGGUAUAACACAUGUUUCUUUCAAUCUAAAGAUUCUAAAAUUUUUUGAAAAAAAGAAAAAAAUGGUUUUUAUUAUUAUUUGUAUAAGAAUAUAUAAAUUAAUUACUCCUGGCGUGAUAUUUAAUUUAUAAGUUUUAAAGCUUAUAUUCUACUAUACCUAUUUAAAUUAUAUGUAUAUUAUUAUAGGUUUUUUUUAUUAAACUUGAUCAGAUUUUUUUUUUGAUGCAAAUAACUGUUAAACUAUUUGUUUAGAGUAUUUAUAAUAUUCGAGCUAAGAAACAUACUUGGUGGCCAACCCGUUUUCAUGUCACCCCACCGAGUCAAUCAUUUAUGUGUUAAAAACAUUGUAGGUAGUGAAUACACAAUGAUUUGUACAAGUUCUCUUCUGAGUAUGUUUCUUAACUUAAAAUGGGUAUAGACUCGUUUUAAUAAGAUUUAUGUUUGUUUUGUUAUCAAGUAUAUUUUUUAAAAUCAUAUUUGUGAAGAAAAUAUUUUUUUUAAAUGUGUAGCUUAAUAUUUUUUAUUUCUACAUUAAUAAAAUAAUAAUUGAUUAAAAUUUUUACUUUACUUGUUUUAAAAA